GGCCUUUUUGCGCCUCAAAACUAGUACAGGGUGCGAAGCGUGCUGGCCAUCCUACGCUCUGGCCCAUCAUGCACUCGCAGCAGGGCUUGCUGCUCUUCCGCGUCGGUGGCACAAGCCGCGGCGUGCGUGCUAGCCGCUCGACGACAUCUCCCCUCGUCGCCGCGCGCUCCGCCAGCCGCAAGAUGCAGCGUUCCUACAUCUCCUCUCGGUCAACUUCCAAACGCGCACUCUCAUCGAUGGCACAUAUACCAGCAGCUCCAGGGGCAGCGGCUCUUGCCGGAGCAGUGUUCAACUCUUUCGACUCACUCCCGCCUGCUCCCCGGCCACCGCAGCUUCGAGCGAGACUUCAAGCGCAGGCGAUCCAGAGGCAGCAGCAACAGUUGAAAGCGUCGGUGCAGCUUCCUUCCAGCAUGAUGCUGGAAGCAGCAGCUAGAUCUUCUUCCCAUUCAGCAGUGCCGUCGAGCACCGUAAAGUAUGCCGGAUCGACUUUGCCGGCACGAGGUCGGCCAUUGCUACCGCGUCGCGAACGUCGACUCGUUUCCAAGCAGCACCGAAAAGAUGCGCGAAAAAAGGCUGCCUCUUCCACACUUGCUGCUCAGCUGGGCGUCGCAACAAGCAAGACGUCGCCUUUCGUACGCAUCGAUCGUCAGUUCAAGACGUUUAAGCCACUUACGCCGUCUCUUCGCUGGGUGCGCUUCACGCUCAACCCGCAUCUUAACAAGGAAGGUCCCGAGCGCGCGCUCACCAUCGCAAAGCGCCGUACCGGCGGACGCAACCAUCACGGGCGCAUCACCGUCCGUGGGCGUGGAGGUGGGCACCGACGACGCUUGAGGCUGGUCGACUUCUACCGCUGGGAAGCUGGCGAGCAAGAAGUGAAGCAGAUCGAGUACGAUCCGGGCAGGACAGCGCACAUCGCCCUCCUCGAGCACAAAGUCAGUCGGCGCAGGAGUUACAUCCUAGCACCAGAUGGUCUGCGUGCCGGCGACACAGUCCGCAGCUACCGCACGGAUGGCAUGGGCAAGUCCUCGUCCACUUCUGCCGGUGCCGAUGCAGCGACCACCUCGCUCAACUUUGGUGUCUUCCGAACACAAGCUGUUCGCCCCGGAAAUGUCCUUCCGCUCAACUUGAUCCCGAUCGGUACGAUGAUCCAUGCCAUCUCGCUCCUACCGCAAGGUCCCGCCAAGCUCGUUCGCUCGGCAGGAACGAGCGGCCAGCUCAUCGCCUUCAGCCAUCGCAAAGCGGCAAGCGGUCUGGGUGCUGGCUUAUCGAAGGACGGGCAGCAGCUGCAAGCCAGCCAGAUGGAUGCCACUGCGACCCUUCCAAGUGCUGACGCCGAAACUAUCGCUUCUGAAUCGGUAUCCCUGUCUCCCUCAUCCCCGCCUACACACGCGCAGAUCAAGUUGCAAUCCGGGGAAGUCCGCCUCGUGCCCGCAGCCUGCUGCGCAACCAUCGGCCGCGUGUCCAACAUCGACCACGAGCACAGGCGUCUCGGCAAGGCCGGACGCUCGCGCUGGCUCGGCCGCAAGCCCAAGGUGCGCGGUGUUGCCAUGAACAAGACCGAUCACCCCAAUGGCGGUGGACGCGGUAAGAGUAAGAGUAAUAUGCAGUCCAAGAGCAUCUACGGCCAUCUCGCCAAGUUUGCGCGUACCCGCAAGCCCGGAACGCGCGGUGGUAACACUAUGGUCAUUCGCGAACGACCCAGGAGGAAUGGAAAGCGCCUUGGCAAGCCUUAAGCUCCCAGGCGCAUAUGGAACAGACUUUCCUCAUGCCUGCUUGUAUCUUAUAGACUAUGCAUCCAUCUUCUCAUCUACUUGUAUCGAAUGCUGCUCAAGGUCUGACAGCGCACUGUCACAGCAUUCGUACGU